GUGCUGCAUAUAUUGUGUCAGAUUUUUGACGUCCAAUUUGUCUUUGUCUCCAAGUAUCGGGGUAUUUGAAACCUGUAUUUAUAAGAUACUAAUAACAUAAUCUUUAUUGCGAUGCCCGAUCCCGAUGCCGUCUCAGUCGGAGCUCACAGAUAACGAAGAUCAAAAUCCUCUGCCGCCCCUCAUAUCGUGUAAUCCGAGAGUAAAACUAGAAGCCGAACAGGUAUCGUUGUCAAACUGUUUUAAAUUACAUAAAGAAAGGGAUGUCAAACGGCAAUUCAUCGACCGGGAGCAUCAACGAGAUCCGAAUCAUCCGCUACAAAUAACUUGGCAUCCGACAAAAUUAUUUAUUGAAAUCAAUGAUUCCGUGGUCGUCCGUAAGCUGAGGAUAUGCAACGCCAGCUCUAGGUUGGUAUAUAUUAAAAGCGGUCGGUUUUCGAAUGAAGCUGGUCGUCUGGGUGCUGGCUGGUGUUGCUUGGCUCGUAACAGGUUCCUCCUGGCCCCGGGCAUCGUGGCAGACAUUUUUAUCAAAGCGACUCCACGAGAAUUCGCCCCGAUAGCAUCAGCUAAAAUGACUCUACAGUUGACCGCGGCUCAUAUGAGAGACCUCGCUGUCGCUUUCUUUGAGGUCCCAAUCCUUGUUAAUUUUCUUAAACACAUACCACCAGAGACGGAGGAAGAUGCUUGAGGAAUAAUACUAUUUUUAUUACAUUAUAUCCCCUUUUAUUGUUUUUAUGACAUUUACAUGUUUUUUGUUAUAUUUUAAUAAAGACAUUGAAUAAAUAUCA